UGUGUCCAGCCUCUCCUCCUGAGCUGAAGCUGGGUUUAGGCUCCUGCCACCAUGCCUGCCGAUUACAAUGGGACCUGGGAAAUGGUGACCAAUGACAACUUUGAAGGCUACAUGGUUGCUUUAGGUAUUGAUUUUGCAACUCGUAAGAUUGCAAAACACUUGAAACAAACAAAGGAGAUUGUUCAAAAUGGAGACAAUUUUAAAACCAAAACACUGAGUACUUUCAGAAACUAUGAGUUGGAUUACACUGUGGGGGUGGAGUUUGAGGAGCACACCAAAGGACUGGAUAACCGAGCAGUAAAGUCCCUGGUGACCUGGGAUGGUGACAAACUGGUCUGUGUUCAGAAGGGUGAGAAGAACAACAGGGGCUGGAAGCACUGGAUUGAAGGAGACAUCCUGCAUCUGGAACUGACAUGUGAAGACCAGGUAUGCCAUCAGACAUUUAAGAAGAAGAACUAAAAUGGAGCAGAAAGCCACCCAGAUUGUUAUCAAAAUGUUAUGUUCAAAAAGAAGAAUGAAGCCAGAUUUUCAUUCCUUUGACACUUCUAUGUGAAGAUAUUAUGUGCCUGUUUAUGGAAACAAGCACAUUUUAUAGAAAUAACAUCAAACAGUUACAAACUUCAUAAAUUCCUUUGCCUUUCAGUCUUGA